AUGCCGAUCAACCAACCGCCGCAUACCCAUGCUGGCGUCAAAUGCAGCCAGAGCCACGGCCACGGCUACUAUGACGACGGUGAGAUGACUCCCAAACAGCGUUCGGAGGCGGAGAAACGGGUCAUUGACGAAAUUGGCGGUCUCUUCUGCGACUGCGGCAAAUUUUUUGCCGGGAAAUACGCAAAGACCAAUCUCACACGUCACCUUCGUGAGCAAGGCACUCGCAUUCGAUGCGCCUAUUGUCCAUCCGAGUUUGCUCGUCCCGGUAACCUCCACAACCACAUGCUGGAGAAGCAUCCCGGUCUAGUUUGCGCCCACUGCGACACUGUUCCCCUCCCCAAACAGAGCCCUCAACCAUACAAGUGUCCGAAAUGCGACCGAACUUUCCAAUACAUUGAUGAUCUUUAUCGACACUUGGACACCCGACACCGAAACGAACGCUAG